GAUUAGAUGAACAAUAAGCUCUUGUAGAGUGGCGCACCGCGAUAGGCUCCCCUCGGAUCCGAAUCACCGACAAUCGGAGUUGAUAUUUAGCAUUUUGAUUGCGCAAUUUAUCCUGAAAUUAAAUUCCUCUGCAGCUUGGGAUCGGUUUAUCCGUCUUGGGGACCCUCGGAAUUACUGGUGAGUUGCCGUGUUUGGAACUAGCGUCUAAUCACUUCAACUAGUAGCUCCGACCGAAUAAUCAAAAGCAGACAAUGGAUUCACAUGUAUCACGAUGGAAUAUGAGGUGAACUGCAAUUAGGGUUCCGAAGAAUCUGAUGGCGGAGAUUGGAGCUACAUCUCGAAAGGUUUUGACAGGAACGGCUGUGAUUUUGGCUGUUGCACUACUCUUAGCUUGCGAGGAUGUUUCUGGCCGAGAAGAUUUAGGGCAGACCAUCUCCGGCGGAAAUCGGACCGGCGAAUCAGGUUCCUUCCAUACAAUAUUCACAUGGUUGCAGAAGAACAGGCGCUUACUUUUCCCCCAUGUCUGGCCUGAAAUGCAAUUUGGGUGGAGAAUUGUGCUUGGGACAGUGAUUGGAUUCCUAGGUGCUGCUCUUGGCAGCGUCGGAGGUGCCGGCGGAGGCGGCAUUUUUGUUCCAAUGCUCAUUUUGAUUAUUGGAUUUGAUCCCAAGUCGUCCACGGCAAUAUCGAAAUGUAUGGUAACUGGCGCAGCCCUUUCCACUGUAUAUUACAAUCUCAAGCUCCGGCAUCCUUCACUGGACCUUCCUAUCAUCGAUUACAAUCUGGCUCUUCUUUUCCAACCAAUGCUCGUGCUAGGAGUCAGCAUUGGUGUCUUUUUCAAUGUGAUUUUUGCAGAAUGGAUGGUUAUGUUCUUGCUGAUUCUUCUUUUCUUAGUCACUUCGACAAAGGCAUUCUUGAAGGGCGUCGAAACCUGGAAUUUAGAAACCAUAACAAAGAAGGAGGCCAUGCGAUGCUAUGCAGCUAGUUCAUCAGAUGAUGGAAAUGAAGAAGCUUCGUACAAGCUUCUAGUCGAUGAUCCGCCUUAUGAAGCUGGAGUGCAACUAGUUGAACCAAAGGUCUCGAUAAUCAACAAUGUCGACUGGAUGAAGCUUGGCAUUCUCAUUGCAAUCUGGGUCAUCUUCCUCAUACUUCAAAUCGCCAAGGACUAUACAACUACUUGUUCAGCAGCAUUUUGGAUAGUAACCCUUUCGCAGAUACCCGUAGCUGUCGGAGCCUCUGGAUACCAGGCGGUCUGCUUAUACAAAGGCUGGACGGUGAUGGAAUCCACAGGCGGAUCCGGCAUUAAUUGGACAGCGCAGCAAUUGAUUCUUUGCUGUAGCUGUGGAGUUUUGGCCGGAAUAGUUGGCGGCCUUCUAGGCCUUGGAGGAGGAUUUAUUCUAACUCCAUUACUACUAGAGCUCGGCAUUCCACCACAGGUCUCGAGCGCCACUGCAACGCUGAUCAUGGUGUUCUCCUCAUCCAUGUCUGUAAUUCAAUAUCACCUUCUGAAACGCUUCCCCCCGUCUUACGCCCUUUAUUUUGUUGCUGUGGCUACACUGGCUGCAUUGGUCGGGCAGUGUGUGGUACACAAAAUGGUUACAUUGUUGAAACGAGCGUCGAUCAUUAUAUUCGUAUUGGCCUUCGUAAUUCUCAUGAGCGCGGCAUCACUAGGUUAUGUGGGAAUAUGGAACUUAAUUGGUCAAGUAGAGGGAAAUCAAGAAAUGUGGUUUUACAACAUAUGUGAAUAUGAUUUGAGCCCUUGAGUGAGAGUGAAUUUGUAUGUAUGCUUUUGGUUAAUAGGAUAUGAUAAUUUAUAUGUAUAUAUUAUUUUUAUUUUUAUUUGUUUGGUUUCUAGAUGGUUGAAGAUUGUAUUAUAUUGUUAGGUGAUGACAGACAUGUUUUGUUGUUUAGGGGUUGUUGAAAUUGUGCAAAUAUAAAUAUGAAUUUAUGCGUUUGGUAACAUAUAACAUAGAAUGGUGCCUUUACUGUUCUCUAUAAUGGUCAUGUAUAAAAUCAUAUUUCUAAUUAAAUUUCACAUUUAGGUUUAA